AGGAGGAGUUUACGCCUCAGACCUGAUCUGCCUGAGGAAAAAGGCAGGAAAAGGCCCUAAUGCCUUGUGAAGAAAAUCUUGAAAGAAAAAAGAUCAAAAAGAAAAAUUUCAAGAAAAAGAACAACUAAGAAAGGCUGAAGACACUAACAUGUAACCUGUUACGAUACAUUUAAUGUUUCGUUUUUUUCCUGGAUCUCUAAAAGGGAACUCAAGGGUGGGGGUUACUGAAGAAUACUACAGAUUUGGAAGUUUUUGUUGCUGUUGUUGUUUGGUUUGGUUUUGUUUUUCAAGAGGGGCCAGGAGAAAUGACCCCUUCCCCGCCACGGGUCCCGAAGUGAGGUCGGAGGGGCUCUGGGGCGCGGGCGUGCGCGGCGCGGCGCGGGCCGGCGGGGGAGGGCGGCGCGGCGCGGAAGGGGUUAAGGCGCUGAGCGCGGAGCCAUCUGGCCGGGUUGGCUGGUUAUAACCGCGCAGAUUAUGUUCACGGGACUCAGAGUUGAAGCUCCUCUCCCUACCGAACAGCUCCGCGCACCGCCCCGCGACACAGCCCGGCGCAACUACUUUCUUCUCUCUCCUUUCUUUCUUUCUCUCCUUUUUCCCCUGCUGGGUAGUGGCUGCGGCGGGGUGGGGGAGACUUUGAAUGACCGAGCUCGCGUCCACCUUUCUCUUCAUGUCGACGUCCCUGGAAACGGCCACACGGAUGCCAUGGUUACUUUUGCCACGAUCUUACAGGUGAACAAGGUGAUGUCCAUCUUGUUUUAUGUGAUAUUUCUCGCUUAUCUCCGUGGCAUCCAAGGCAACAACAUGGAUCAAAGGAGUUUGCCAGAAGACUCGCUCAAUUCCCUGAUUAUUAAGCUGAUCCAGGCAGAUAUUUUGAAAAACAAGCUCUCCAAGCAGAUGGUGGACGUUAAGGAAAAUUACCAGAGCACCCUGCCCAAAGCUGAGGCUCCCCGAGAGCCGGAGCGGGGAGAGCCCGCCAAGUCAGAAUUCCAGCCAGUGAUUGCAAUGGACACCGAACUGCUGCGACAACAGAGACGCUACAACUCACCGCGGGUCCUGCUGAGCGACAGCACCCCCUUGGAGCCCCCGCCCUUGUAUCUCCUGGAGGAUUACGUGGGCAACCCCGUGGUGGCGAACAGAACAUCUCGGCGGAAACGGUACGCGGAGCAUAAGAGUCACCGAGGGGAGUACUCGGUAUGUGACAGUGAGAGUCUGUGGGUGACCGACAAGUCAUCGGCCAUCGACAUUCGGGGACACCAGGUCACGGUGCUGGGGGAGAUCAAAACGGGCAACUCUCCCGUCAAACAAUAUUUUUAUGAAACGCGAUGUAAGGAAGCCAGGCCAGUCAAAAACGGUUGCAGAGGUAUUGAUGAUAAACACUGGAACUCUCAGUGCAAAACAUCCCAAACCUACGUCCGAGCACUGACUUCAGAAAACAAUAAACUCGUGGGCUGGCGGUGGAUACGGAUAGACACGUCCUGUGUGUGUGCCUUGUCGAGAAAAAUCGGAAGAACAUGAAUUGGCAUCUCUCCCCAUAUAUAAAUUAUUACUUUAAAUUAUAUGAUAUGCAUGUAGCAUAUAAAUGUUUAUAUUGUUUUAUAUAUUAUAAGUUGACCUUUAUUUAUUAAACUUCAGCAACCCUACAGUAUAUAAGCUUUUUUCUCAAUAAAAUCAGUGUGCUUGCCUUCCCUCAGGCCUCUCCCAUCUGUUAAAACUUGUUUUGUGAUCCGGCUCUCAGGAGUCAUUCUGUAAAAUCUGUGUACACCAGUAUUUUGCAUUCAGUAUUGUCAAGGCCAUGACUGUCGUUUUAGUAAACUUGUUAAAAUCA